AUGUUCAGCAGACGCUUUGAACCCCCGCAACAAAAGAGUUUCACCAAGAGCCAUAAGGCAUCAAAGUCCAGCGGCAUUUCCAAACAUCGUCAUGAUUCCCGCCAUAGUCGACGGCCGACAACGGCUACAUCCUCCAGCACCACGACGCAAGAUACCGAGAUGGGAAACAACCUCACCUCCGCGAUCGUAACUCUUGUAGUGGGCACCGAACAGCGUCUCUUCGCUGCCCAUGAGGACGUUCUUUGCGCAUCACCCUUCUUUCAAGCCGCCCUUAGGGGAGGCAACUACACCGUCGGCUCACCGUCCUCCUCCUCCUCACCAGCAAGACGCAUCGCUCUGCCUGAUGAAGAACCAGAGAUCUUCUCGUCGGUGCUCGAGUACCUCUACAAGGGUGAUUACUAUCCACGACUGGUACACAACAAAAGGCGUAAUUCAUGGGAGAUUGAACGGCCGAGCGAGGACGGCAAAGGAAUCGAGUCGACUGUGUAUCAUCACGGCGUUGACGGUGAUCUGCUCAAAGAUACGGUCAUCUACUGUGCUGCUGAGAAGUACGGGCUCGAUGAGCUGAAAAGAGUUUCACUCAGAAAACAGGGUCUUCAAUCCGGCAUUCAAUGCAGCACCAUCCUGGCGUCUGCUAGGUAUGCCUAUGCUAACACGCCUGAUACCGACUCCAAGCUGCGGGCGCACUACCUCGCCCUCAUCAUCCGCAGCCGAAGCACCUUCAAGCGGAGUGGCACCAUGCAGUUGGAGAUGUACAACGGCGGCACUCAGCUGUUUUUUGACCUCUUUGUCGCUCUUUGCAACCACGUCGAUGACAUCUCGACCGUGAACUCUCCUCGUACGCCUCGCGGCGGACGUCCUAUCUAG